AUGUGGCUUUUAAGUUUUAUAUUUUUCGUACUUUCUGCUAAUGCAGCUUAUCAAGUUUUGACACAGGAUUCUCAAAUGGAGUAUUUGCAAUUUAUAGUAACGAAUGACAUGGUAUCGAAUGAUUUUAUAAUCCAGCUUUCGACAAAAUCUCAACAAAUCCCUCUGUUAUUAUUAGUCAAAGAAGGCGCGAAGCCAAGCUUUUAUUUUAAUAAUUCAGCAGAUUCAUAUCAUACUGACACUGAUUAUGAAGAUUUUCAAGCAUGAAUUCAAAACUCAGACAACUCUUAUGUAACCAUUAAGGAAGAUGACCUUACUCUUGGAAGUACGUUUUAUAUUGGUAUUUAUUCAGAAAUUCUCGGAAUUUCUUAUUCCAUAUCUAAAUACUCAAAGGUAGACAGCAAUGCAUGCAUUCCAGAGUGCAUUGCAGCAAAUUAUAGCACAUGUACUGAAGGUGCUUGUCAGUGUUCUGGAAAUUCUUCAGGCUAUGACUGCGGCGUUACAUAUACAGUUAUAAACUUUGAUGAUAAUAGGACUUAUUUCUUAGCACCUAAUCAAUGAAACCUUUAUAUUUUUGAUUGUCGUAGCACCUAUGGCUUUACCAUAGACAUUGAGAAAUAUGCUGGAGAUCCAAAAUUCUACUUUACUCCUUUUUACUCAGAUUUGUAUCUCCCAAGCAUGUUUUUUAAUUGAUUUUAUUUAACUUUUGGAGAAGCUAGAACACGAAUAAGUAAAAACAAGGCAGAUAAUCAGUGGGCAUGGUGAACUUAUUCAGUUUUUUGCCAUGGCGAAAGCAGCUGUGAAUUUUCAAUAGAAAUUGAUGAUUACUCUCAGACACUAAGUAGUAAGCUUAUAUGAUGAAUAGCUGUUAUAGCCAUUGUAUCAUUUUUAUUAUGCAUAGUAGCUCCUUUUGCAAUAAAGUCUAUAGUUAGAUCAAGAUGGGCUGGAACGGCACAAACGAAUUUUGAGAGGCAGACAAACCCAUUAACGCCAGAAGAAAUGGAGCUGCUUUUUCCGUCUGUUGAAUGGGAAAAACUAGGGAAAAAUAAAGAUACAUGUGCUAUUUGUUUAGAAGAUUUUGAAGAUAACGCAAAAGUUCGAAAAUUAAGUUGCGAUCACGUAUUUCAUACAGGCUGCAUUGAUGAAUGAGCAAAGUCAAAGGCUAAAUGUCCUUUGUGUAAGAAAAUAUUGAAUUGUGGAGAAAAUAUAAUUGAUCCAGUUCUAGUAGUACCGGGAACAAAUUCUCAAUCAGAAAAUCUGAUUAUAGAAGAAAAUCAAGAGAAUGAGGAAAGCAAAGAAGAAGAAAAAGAAAAAGAAGAUAAAGAAGAAGAAAAAGAAAACGAAGAUUGAUUGUUUAAUUAAUUAAGUCAUAGUGGUCUCUGGGGAUUAUCUCAGUCCUAUAUGUCCAGCCGCAGGCUUUGACUCAAGUGAGCCGAGUCACCUGCUCUCAAAGCACGCUCUUUUCUCGUUGAUGUCACCAAAAUGGUGAAGUCAACAGUUUUGAAAAGACUCACCCGUCCAUGGAUCAACUCAUCAUGCCUUAUCAUACAUGAAACUGCUUCCCAGAAGUGCAAGUUAUAUGUCUUUGGGACAAGGAAAAAAGCCUGUUGAGGAGUCCGACAAGGCAAAAAACCCAGGCCUAACCUUCUAAAAGAAUGAGAUCCAUUUUCCUAAGACUCUGAUAAAUUCAUUAGUUGCUCCGGACCUAUGUUCAACUCGCCAUCUUUUUUAAAAACUAUGAUAAAAUGAAGAAAGCUUGCAAUAUGGGGAGGGCGAAAAAAACUAUGAGGAGGAAUGCUUAUAUGAAAAUGAGGAAGCAAACGAAAAUAUAAAAGAGAUUGAAUUUGGUGGACAUGAAAUAACUAUCCAAGGUAAAAAAAAAGACGUAAAAGCAUAA